AUGAAUGUUUUGGUUUUUAAUUUACAAGUUUUUGCAAGAUCUAGUUCAGAAGAUAGAAAAAUUUUAGUUGGAAAACUUAAAGAAUUAGGAGAAAUUGUUGUAAAUUCUCGACGACUAAGUAAUGAGCUCAAUCUAUUGAAGGGAGUGGCAUUUAAUACUCAAAAAUUAAGUAUUAUACAGCGAUUAAUUUACCCGCUGGAAAAUCAUGGGAUGAUGAGUAAAAGAACCCAAACAUCAACAGUUGGACAUUCCGAACCUUCCGAUCAAGAAAAUAUUAACCAACCAAUGAUCGCAUAG